ACCUCACUCCAUGCCUGAGUCUGCAGAUCGUAGUGUUUCUCGAGAUGUCGAGGAUUCAGAUAAUGAAUCUCUAGCAGGCUCUACUGCCCCUGGCAAGCCCGGCCGAAAGAAAAAUCCAAACUCGCAAGCAGCUAGACGCGACCAGAACCGUAUUGCCCAACGAGAGUUUCGUCUGCGAAAGCAACAAAGGAUAAGGGAUCUUGAGGCGCGAGUGGAAAUACUUUCCGGAGGCAAAGAUGAAGUCCUUGGUGAAAUGCGAAAUAUCCUUAAGGACUUGAUGGCAGAGAACCAGACUCUUCGCGGUCUGCUGCGAAGCCUUUCGGGAUUCAUCGGCGAGGGUGCAGGAGGGCUUCUUCCCAAGCUAGGAUGGGAGAUGUCAGACUUCAACAACUUUAUCAAUAGGACCGAGACCGAUACUGCCUGGGAAGGCUACCAGAGACGCAAGAAGAAUAAUGCAGAAGCGGCGCAGUCGUCUACAGGUGCACAGAAGCGUGGCGCCGAAGAGGACCUUAAUGCGCAUUCCAAGAAGGCGAGAGGCGAAGACACCAUCCCAAGCCCUUAUAUGAUGAUGUCGAUGAACCAGUCGCCCAUGAAUCCCGGUUCCGUGUUCCCGGCUUCCAGACCUUCCCCCCAAGGAGGUGAUCUUUUUUCAGAUAUGAUGCGCCACAACAACGAAUCUUCUCUCCUGAUGCAACCAACGAGCGCUAACGCCAAUACGCCUCCCCAGUACAAUGGUGGUCCUGGAUCGAACGUCUACCAACCUUAUGUUCCCAACGUCCAUAUGAAUAUCGAUUCUUCGCUGACGUCUAUGCCUUUCACUCCUCCCUCAACCACUUCUUCUGCUAUGACGCCCGUAACACAACCGAAGCAGACCACUCAUAUUUCAAACGACACCAUCGAAGAUGAAGAUGACCCUAACAAAAACGAAGCUUAUAAGCUUAUUCAUUAUCACCUGGACAACUACAAGAGAAAUAGCGCCUAUUGUCUGCCAUCUUCCCUGAGACCGACUUUGGUACAGAGGACUGUUCCACAUGAGAGCGUCAUUGACCGAAUUCUGCAUCCUGAGUUACGCGACCGCAUGAUUUUGUUACGAGGACGUUUUGAUCUUGUUGAUUGUCUCCUUGAAUACCGGAAUGCGGUUACUAUCCAUGGUGACGACGUCUUAGCACACAGCAACUGGGAAAUUAAUGAGAAGUGGCUUAGGCAAUAUGGGUUCCUUGUCGAACAGGCUACUCUCAACAUUAUGAACCGCUGGAGAAGGGAAAGAGGGGAGCCAGAUUUACGUCUUGCCGAUAUCGCGAGUUCAGAGAAUACUCCGGGGUCCACAUGAAGUCGUUGUUUUGUUUGUAUCUUAUUCGAAGUUAGAAUGUUUCUUAGAUUAUGAUCAUGUGCAGCUCUGUACCAUUGUUAAUAGCGUUCGCCCUACCGAUUGUUUUAGUACUCGAUAACCAAAUAAAACUGUAUCCAUACCUGAGCG